ACUAAAGAUAGAAACAGCUGGCCCUUCCAGGCAGCUAAAAGCCUCCAGACUAAGAGGUAUUCCCCAAUCGGCAGCCAGACUCCUUGAAAUACCCUUUGAAUUAUUCAUUCUACCAAGGCCUCAUGUCUCUACUCUGCCAUAACAAAGGCUGUGGGCAACACUUUGAUCCCCAAACCAACCUUCCUGAUUCCUGUUGCCAUCACCCUGGGGUCCCAGUCUUCCAUGAUGCACUUAAGGGUUGGUCCUGCUGCCGGAAACGAACUGUAGAUUUCUCUGAGUUCUUAAAUAUCAAGGGCUGUACUGUGGGACCCCACUGUGCUGAGAAGCUCCCUGAAGCCCCUCAACCUGAGGGCCCUGCAACAAGCAGUUCACUUCUGGAGCAAAAGCCUCCGAAUACGAUUCCAAAGUCAGCAGAGACGUUGCGCCGGGAGAGGCCCAAGUCAGAUCUGCCUCCAAAGCUGCUUCCGCUAAAUAUAUCCCAAGCCCUGGAAAUGGCACUGGAACAGAAGGAAUUAGACCAAGAACCUGGAGCAGGACUUGACAGUAGUCUGAUCCAGACUGGUGCCAGCUGCCAGAACCCAGGAUGUGAUGCUGUUUACCAAGGCUCGGAGAGUGAUGCUACUUCCUGUACCUACCACCCAGGAGCACCUCGAUUCCAUGAGGGGAUGAAGUCUUGGAGCUGUUGUGGCAUCCAGACCCUGGAUUUUGGGGCAUUUCUGGCACAGCCAGGAUGCAGAGUUGGUAGACAUGACUGGGGGAAGAAGCUGCUGGCAUCUUGCCGUCACGAUUGGCACCAGACAGAUUCCUUAGUAGUGGUGACUGUAUACGGCCAGAUUCCACUUCCUGCGUUCACUUGGGUGAAGGCCAGUCAAACUGAGCUUCAUAUCCACAUUGUCUUUGAUGGGAACCGUGUGUUCCAAGCACAGAUGAAGCUCUGGGGGGUCGUAAACGUGGAGCAGAGCUCUGUCUCCUUGAUGCCAUCUCGGGUUGAAAUCUCCCUGGUCAAGGCUGACCCAGGAUUCUGGGCCCAGCUGGAGCACCCCGAUGCACUGGUUGAGAAGGCUAAGUCAGGGGUUGGGUUAGAGAUGGAUGAGGAAGAAUCUGAGGAUUCAGAUGAUGAUCUGAGCUGGACAGAGGAGGAGAAGGAAGCGAUGGGGGAAUAGUGACACCAGACAACUAAGUGUCUAGAUAGGACCUCAAUGACUCCCUUAGAAUCUCAAAGACCAGGAUAUGGUUGACCAAGUGGUGUCAUUGAACAGCAGGAGGCAGAAGGCGAGGAGAACAAAAGUGUCCAAACCAUCCUGUUUUUUUUCCCCUUAAAUAAAUCUUGUAUUCUGCAGUUUCA